GGUUUCGCUUUCGGGAUCUUCCGCUGCUGCUGGCCCCGUUCCUCGCUCCUCCUGCGGCGCCACGUGGCUGCUGCGGGCGCCUGGCUCGGGUGCGGGGGCCUUGACUUGCUCGUUUGGGGGCUGCCGACUGCCCCCCCCCCCGUCUCCCUCCUGCGCUCACCACCAGCCCGUGUCUGCCGCUGGCUCCCUGCAGAAGCAGAGAGAACAGAAGCCCAGAGAUCCCAGCAGCCAUGGCCUCAGGGACUCCUGUACGGGAAAUCCAAGAGGAAACCAACUGUCCCAUCUGCCUGGAAUAUCUGACGGACCCAGUCACCAUACAGUGCGGGCACAACUUCUGCCGAAGCUGCAUCUCUCAGUACUGUGAGACAUGGGAAGAGCAGGACUCUGACCCCUUGUGCUGCCCCAGCUGCAGAGCCCGAAUCUGGAAAGGGGCUUUCCAGAGUAAUUAUCAGCUAGCAAAUAUAGUGGAAAAAAUCAAACAAAUGGAUUUCAAACGAGGAAAAGAGAAUCUGUGUGAGAGACACGGCAAAGCCUUGGAUCUGUUCUGUGAAGAGGACGGGGAAGCCGUGUGCGUGGUUUGUGAGAGAUCCUCAGAGCAUAGAUCUCACAUGGUGCUUCUCAUAGAAGAGGCUGCCCAGAAAUACAAGGAAAGAAUCCAGGCCCAUUUGAAAACUCUGAGGGAAGAGAGAGAAAAGCUGCUGGGAUUGAAAGCGACUGGAGAGGGGAAUUGCCGGGAAUAUCUGAAACAAACACAAACCGAGAGGCAGAAGAUCAUGUCUGAAUUUCAGCAACUGCAGCAGUUCCUGGAGGAACAAGAGCGACUCCUGCUGGCCCAGCUGGAGAAGCUGGACAAGGAGAUUGUGUGGAUCCAGAAUGAAAAUGUCAGUAAACUCUCCGAGCAGAUUUCCCGUCUGAGUGAGCUGAUAAAUGAGGUGGAGGGGAAGUGUCAGAAGCCAGCGAGUGAAUUCCUACAGCAUGUCAGAACCACCUUGAGCAGGUAUGUGGCUCCCUCGCACUCCACAAUGCUGGGAAAGAGCUUGAUGAUGAGGGUAGCACCGCAUCUCCCCGGGGCUCUACAGCAAACUGUGUGGGGAGAUCACAUGUUGGAUACAAAUCUCUCUGAUCAACUCCAUCCUGGGGUGCUAACUCUUGUACAGAAGACUCUGGAAUUCUCCAGUCAGUGGGAAAGACUGAGCUCAAGUAUUUUGUGGAGAUGUCACAUCCCUGGGGGACUGGCUGCCUCAGGAUUGUGGGGAUGGACUAUGGGCCUGUCACUGCUGGGGCCCUGGUCACUAUUCAGCCCAGGGCAGCAGCGAUCAAGUGUCUUUCCCACCUGAGGACUGUUUAGAGACCUGUGUGGAACGACCUGGGGAGUUGGUGUCUCAGUCUAGUUCCUAGAGGCAGAUUUCUACAGCACGUCACCUGGGAACCUCCUGACCCUCAGAGCAUGGAGGCCAAGAAGCGAAUUGGCCAUGGAGACUCAAUUCCCCUUUUGUCCCCAGAGCUGAUCUCUCCACACCAGAGUUGAAGAAUAUUAAUGACCAUUGAGGGGAAGGUUGCUUGGCCCUGGGCUGUGUUGCACCUGCUCUGAGGCUGGGAGAAGUCGAGGAAUUCUAACUCCAGGCCCAUGAGAGCAGCGACUCACUAGCCAGAACUUAUAAUAAGUCACACAGUAAAAUAUAAUCACGUGACAUUG